AUGGUAGCCGACGAAAUGGCCAACGAUGCCACCACAAAUAAUAUGGCAAAGGAACGCCCAGUUUUUAUUCCGCCACGUAAACGUCAAGCAAACAAAAAAGCAAACGGCACACAAAAUUAUGUGGAUCACAUAGCCAAUGUACAGAACCGUCAAAAACUGUCUCCCUCCAACAAUGGCCUAGAGGAGGAUCUGCUCAACACGAAAUUGUUACUCAAAAACAAACAACCACUGCCACAAAUUCCCGUAAAAAAUGGCGAUGCCGAUAUCAAAUCGGCACAGUCAGCCCAAUCGGUGGAUAAUAUUUAUGUAGACGAUAAUGAACUCAAUAAUUUCGAAAGUGUUUCGCAGGGAACCAAAUCCACACAACGUCAUGAAUCAUCAACGGUAACUCCUUCCAGCUACUCGGAGAGUAGUUUGGAUGUGAAACUAAGUAAGUCGCACGAUUGCCUGAGUAAUCGAUCUUCCUCGAAGAAGAGGGUGAAUAUACGCACAGACUUACCACAGCUGCGUAGUGCUCGCAAUUCCCCAGAUCAGGCCACAAACUAUGAGGAUUUGGAAUCGGGUGAGACCAGUGUUUUGAAUACUUACGAUCAUUCAUUGGAAAGAUAUCAGACGGCCAGAAAAUCCAUGGAUAGCACAAAUUAUUUAACCAUGACCGGAACCAUUAAACGAGGCCGCAAAAAGGGUCAAAGUUUUGAUCUUCAAUUGAACUUGAGUCGUGAUGAAUUGGAGAAAAUCAAUGCGGUGGCCAUGAGUAGUGUGCAACAAAAAAAGGAGAAUCUCUGCUGCAAAUGUUCCCUUAGUACUGGUUUGCAUGUCUUCCUGCUAUCGCUGAUCUGCUUGCCUUUUGUAUCGGUUAUAUCGGGUAUAUAUAGUUUCUAUAUAGGCACCAUUACCUGGUACAACGUUUUCAAUUAUAUGCAUGAGGAGAAAUCGAUAAUUAUGCGUUUGCUGAUGUCUCCCAUAUUGGUGGCAGCCUAUCCAAUCUAUAUAGUGGGCUGUAGUUUCGGUCUGGCCCUUUAUUCAGGCUUUGUACAGCUUAGUUUUCAAUUCUCCAGUUGGGCCAAUGAAAUAGCCGAUGUAGAAAAGGGUUUCUAUGGCUGGCUAUGCUCAUUUUUACAUCUAUCAGAUUGUAGUCCAUACGAAGUGGUUAUAUUAACCGAUAUUAGAGAGGAAUCCGCAAUACAAGCGCCACGUUUAGAGAUACAAACAUCAAAUGAAGAGUUGACGCUUUAAGGAGACGGUGAGAGAGUUAGAGAAAGAGAAAAGGGAGAAAAAGUAAGCGAGAGUAUUUAGGGUUGCAUUAUUGCACCACAUAGUUAGCUCCAAUUCACACUAGACUAUAUUACUUGCGGCAGUUCUCAGUUUGCAGUAGAGAGAGGGGUAAAAGCAAGGAUCACCUUUGCCAUUUUCCUGGAAGUGGCAAAGGUAAUCAUCUGAUAAUUGUCGUAACUUAAAUUGCGAGAAGUAAAUUGGGUGUUAUACAGUGAAAAAUGCUUAUCUUUCGAUAUCCUACAGCCGAUAACUUACAAUUUUCAUUCUUAAAGUUAAAACAAAUCAAUUGGCCAUGGCGAAACAAUUAAUGGUAGUCUCAUUUGUACAACAACCACAAAUCAUAUGGUGCAAUCCGCCAUGUUGUCAUCAAGCUGAUCGACGUUUUGCCAUCACACUCAAAGGAAUUUGUGUGCGUAUGUGUACAUGUGUGAGUACAUGAGCAGAGAAUAUGCGAGAAACAAGAUAUGAACAAAGAGAAUUUAAUGAGCAGUGUAAACGGGGUUUAAGAUUAAAAUAGUCCAAGUUCUGUGUAGUACAAAAUAUGAGUAUUAUGUUUUGGAUAUUUUUUUUCAGUGCAAAUGAACUGAUUAAAACCAGAGAUCGACCUUCUUGCAAAAUCGAUAACAGUCUAUUACUCAAAAUGUGCGGCACUAAGCCAUUACUCACAGCAAUUCAUUUGCAGGUAGUGUACCGCAGGCAGCUGAGUAUUUUUUUUUCGCGGAGUACACUAUCAUUCAACGAAUUUUCAUAACAUUCGGUUGUAUGUGUGCAUUAUAGUUAAGAGCCAUAACACAACAAACAAAAAUGGCGUGAACUACCGAGCUAAGAAAAUUUUCCGAUUGCUGUCCGACAAUCGAAUGCAUCACCCGAUAACGUAUCCGAUGUCUUGCCGACAUCGUAACUAAAAACGAGAGAAGUGGUUGUCACGUUGUCGGAACGACACGGUUGAGGGAAAUCUGAUAUAUAUACAGCCAUAUCGAACGGAUAUCGGUGUAAAAUUUUACUUUGUACCGAAUUUGUAGGCGAUUUUUUGACGAAUCUCUUACAAAAUGCGGACGUAUCGGUCCGAUUUCGGACAACGCACUGACACUCAUCCAAAAUAGUCAAAUAUCAACAUAAAAAACAAAACAAGUCAUUUUAAUUCUAAAUAAAUGUUUCUCCGAGUUCAUAAAUGUGAUUUUAUUAAAUUCCUAAGAAAUUUUUGCAUUGCAGAACGUUUACUCAUUGAAUAGAUAUUUUGCGUUCUUCCUCCUUUAGUUUUGUCAUUCAGAUUGAAUGAUGAUACCAUAUGUUUUAAUAAAUGACGAUAGUAAGCGGCGAUAAGAUUAGCCGUUUAGCUAAUCGGGGAUGGAUUUUUUCUCCAUACAAACUAAGCGAGAAAAUCCGCUUAUUGAGUAAAUAAAACACAUCAACUGCUCUUUAAAUCCAGAUUUAAUGACUCGAUCAUUUGUUCAUCUGUAAUGAGCAGUGUAAACGUGGUUAAAUGAAACCAUUUUCAGCACAGACUCUAUAUUUAUUGUCUGUGGUUUUCAAUAGGCGAGGAUAGAAAAAGUUAGUAGUUAUUUGCUAGAUGCUUACUUAUAUGCUAGAAUGGAUAGAACUUUGAAACCGUUUGCAAUAAGAAUAGGAGAGAGAGAGAGCAAAAGCAAUUAUCUGCUAGUUGCUUGAUUAACCGUCAUAUUUUUGCAUAGAAAUGAAAAGUGAUAAAAAUACAGUUUUUUAAUUAAAAAUAAUGCAAUUGCAAUAAAGAAGAAGAAGAAGAUAAACAUAUUAAUGCGAACAUGACGGUUUCUUUAGAAAAAAUGAUCCAAGUGUGAUAUAUCGGAUAUAAAGUUUAUACAUAAAAUACACAUACAUUACUUAUAUUGAAAACAAGAAACCAAAAAGUUACAAAUUCUAUAAUCCUUUUGAAUAAAUUAACAAACCAAAAAGAAAACAAAACAAAUGUUGGAAUUCCUUAAGUAAAACUAAAA